GUGGCUCGCAAUGUGGUUAGGGACACACAAUAAAGAACGAAAGAGAAUAAUCAAUCCAAUACGAAGAGCGGUAAGCUAAAGAAACAAGAACUCUACACAUGUUUGGAUUAAGACGCAAUGUGCAUUGCAGAAGAUAUGCAGUGAAAAAAGUCUCCUAUUUUUCUGUGCGAAACAUCACGAUCCAACAACCUUCAAGCGUGGUGACGACACAACCGGUCUCACUGGAAGACACGCCAGCUAAAGACGAUACCUCUGCAUCUAUCUUACCACUUUAUGAUGCCGAUAAGGACAACGGAAUAGAGGUGCCAACAUUUACGACCAUAGGGACGCCAGCAUCGUCAUUAUCGGUCACUAUUCCACCAUCUAUUCCCGUCCACGUGAAGAAGGGAUCUGUGAUAAGUGUGUACUCCUUUGCACCGAAGAAGGCCGAGAGCGAUGAAGGUGACACCAAUUUUGUGAGAAGCAAAUGGGAGUUUUCGCAACCCUUACGAAGCUUGUGGCUUGCUGGAAAGGCAUCGAGCUAUCAGCGGGUUAUUGGUACAGUUCCGCUUCAGGUAUUAGUGAGUGCAUACGACGGGUACGAAGGAAGCAAGUCCAAUGGUGUUCGAAGCUUUGUAAAUCUCACGUUGGAUGGCAGUGUCGAUUGGGCGGUAUUUAAGCCAGACUCGUUACAGUGUUACUCGGGGAAUUCGCUCAACGUGAAGGUCAAGAGCUUGCCAAGGGAUCUACACUACGGUUUAUCCGGUAGAGGAUACACUUGGCUCAGCGGACGUGGGCUUGUCAGUAUAGUCGGGAACGGCAGUGUAUUCAAGGUGGGAUUGGGGGCAGGCGAUGAGAUACGAGUUGGGAGAGACAACAUUCUUGCCAUGAGUGUGAACGACCUAGCAGAUUUGCACAAUGGCGACAUUACCUCUGAGAACUGGAAUACUACGGACGGUUUGUUUCACAAGAAGAGUGAUGACGGCAAGUUAGAAGCAGUUGAUUCACCGCAGCCUAUUUUGCUCACAAAGAAUAAGGCUGUCGACCAUGUCCUCACCACCAUGCUGGAAUAUCUGAGAUACGCAGUACAGUUCAUGUGGAGAAGUACAUCCCAGCUAAAAAACUACGCGUUAGGAAACGGUCACUAUGUUGUUGUGAAGGGCCCACGGUCUGUUCUCGUAGAGACCAGCAGUGGAAGAGACAACUUUGUUGUGAGAGCCAAUGAUCUCGUUUUCGGGAACCGCUCCGGCGAGAGCAGCAUCCAGCAGCUCGAAGAAGCAGUGAGAGAGGAAGCCGAGUGGAACAAGCCGAAGCCUAAGGUGGGCGACAACCUGGGCGUCGUUCGGAUCGUUGACGGGAAGGCUACCUACAAAAACCUGGACAACUUCAACGACGAGGUGAAAAGGAUUGAAAACCUGAAAAACAACAGCUAGAGGGCACCGACAGAGGAGCCGCCAUGUAUAGAAAGUACACCAGCAGACACCACCCACUUUUAUAGACCGUAUGCAUCAUCUAGUUCUAUUUAUCCUCGUACUCCUGCACAAAGCAGAUGUUCGGUGUCGGAGAAAAAAGACAGCGAGCGAGAAAGCGAGCGGCAACUGUGGGAAGGAGCCUGUUAUCUGUGAAGGCAGCAGACGGAGCUUCUCCCAUGAGGCUGCAAGAGAAGAGCGGUAAAUGGAGAAAUGCGGUAGAAGUGCAAACAUCAGCACCAUCAGCAGCAGAAAUAGAAUUGAUUCAGUCAUGUCAGGCUUAGAGAGUACGU